CAUCGAUAUUUUUGUAGUCUUCUCAAGUUUUGUCUUUCCUUACUCCUUUUCCUUUCAUACACGUUAACACGCUCUCUCUCUCUAUAAUCUUUACAUGCUUAUGUGACGCUUCUUUAAACCAUUUUCAACAUUUGACUACUUAUACAGCUGCAAAAUUCUUGUUUUUUUACAGUUUAUUUCAAUAUAUAUUGCUUAAUCUUUACAAUUCUGAAGUGGGUUUUUGAGCUUUUCUUGUUUUUCUUCUGUUUUCUCAUAUGGGUUUCUCUGGUUUUUGAGUUUUCUUGCUUUUUUACUGAUACCCACUUGAAAUUUUGUCCCCUUUUUGGUGUAAAAGCUACCAGUUCCCACUUUUUGAUUGACUUUUCUCUGUUCCUUCCACACAUAUUUUCAUUUUUCUUUGCUUUGUUCUAGUUUUGUUCCUUUUUCAGCUGCAGAAAGUUGGUAUCUUUUCACUAUUUAUCAUCAAUUUUUGUCUUUCCCGAGUUAUUGACUUGAUAAGAGUAGCAGAAGCUUAAAGAAAAACAAAACUUUUUUUUUUUAAAACCCUAUUGGGGUGUUGAAAUUUUCAAGCUUUAAGCAAAAUGCUGAAGUGUUUUUAUAUAUUCAAAGAUAAAUCGAGGUCUCGUAGGAGAGGGGAAUCAGCACCAGAAUUGAGUAAUGAAAGUAGGAGAAAUGGUAAUUCAGAAGGAAAUAGGGUAACUAGGUCUACAGGUUCAGUUUCAUCUCCUCGAAGUAUACCGGAAAUGUAUAGAGAAAGAGAGCAAAAUUUGAGGGUUUUUACUCUCUCUGAGCUUAAGGAGGCUACAAGGAAUUUCAAUAGAUUGCUAAAGAUUGGGGAAGGUGGUUUUGGGAGUGUGUAUAAAGGUUCAAUUCAGCCUUCUAAUGGAAAGGGUGAUCCUGUUGUGGUUGCUGUUAAGAAACUCAAUACACUUGGAUUGCAGGGCCACCGACAAUGGAUUGCAGAAGUUCAAUUCCUCGGUGUGUUGGAGCACCCUAAUCUUGUUAAACUUCUGGGAUAUUGCGCUACAGAUGGCGAAAGAGGGAUUCAGCGCCUGUUGGUUUACGAAUACAUGCAAAAUAGGAGCUUAGAGGAUCAUCUGUUCAACAAAGCCGUACCUGUAGUUCCUUGGAGAACAAGAUUAAAAAUUAUCCUUGGUGCCGCACAAGGGAUGGCUUAUCUGCACGAGGGACUAGAAGUCCAGGUGAUAUAUCGAGAUUUCAAGUCAUCAAAUGUGCUACUGGAUGAGAAUUUUUGUGCAAGGCUUUCAGAUUUUGGGCUUGCAAGGGAAGGGCCAGCUGGUGACCGCUCUCAUGUGUCUACAGCGCCGGUGGGGACUUUAGGAUAUGCUGCCCCUGAAUAUGUGGAAACUGGACAUCUAUCAGUUAAGAGUGAUGUAUGGAGCUUUGGAGUUGUCCUCUAUGAGAUCCUCUCAGGCAGGCGAACUUUGGAAAGGAGCCGUCCUGUGAACGAGCAGAAACUUCUUGAUUGGGUAAAACAAUUUCCUGCUGAUAGUAGAAGAUUUAGCAUGAUAAUUGACUCGAGGCUUCGAAACGACUUCUCAAUUAUUGCUGCUAAGAGAAUUGCUAAACUGGCUGAUAGCUGCUUAAACAAGAACGCCAAAGAGCGACCAAAAAUGAGCGAAGUGGUUGAGAUACUGACACAGGCAGUACAAGAAUCACAAGGAACAACUUCUACUGAAGCUACUGGUGCAGGUCCAUCUAGGCCUACACAGCUUCCCUUACCUAACCAACUCAAAAAGAAGACCAUCUCCGAAACUGCACGACCAAUGAUCCCCUUAGCUCAGGCUUGAAGACUCCACAUAUCGCGGGAUCAAACUUAUUUCAUCCUCAAAAUUGAGACCCUUAUGCACGAAACGAGUGUCUAUAUACGUAUAUAUAUAUAUAUUAAGUAAUAUUCUUUGGCAAAAGUGUGUUCUUUUUGAUUAAGUAUGUUUACACUAGGGAGAGUAUGGCAAAAGGAGGGAAGUUUUCUUUUUGUAUUAUAAGUGAUGCAAGUACUUGUAGUGUUUAUGUAAAUAAAUCCAUUUGUUUUCCAAGUUAUCAAAAAACAAAUUUUUGUGACUCCU